AUGGCUUACUCUGGAAAAACUGUGUUGGAAUUUGUACAGAUGGUGCUGCCUCUGACUGGUUGUUAUAAGGGCGUUACAUCAAGAAUAAAACAUAUCGCGCAUGAAAAUAUAAUAACUACUCAUUGUUUCAUUCAUAAAGAACAAUUGGCUUCCAAAGGAAUGAGUACAGAAUUGAACGAAGUUAUGAUGAUUUCAGUGGUACUUAACUCCCUCCACAAAUACAAAACAAAAAUCGUAAUUGAUGAAAUACGACCGGGAUGUGCUAACAGAGCAGUAGCUACGAUUGAUUUUCCUAUUACUUCAUUUUAUGCUGUUACUGCAUACCAAAGUGAUGAGGAACUGGUGAUGUUCGGACGUCUUCUAUUUUCCAUCAUACCUUCUUGGGGUUGUUUCGGCUUUUAUCUAGAAAAAUUAUCAAAAGAAGGUACUGUUUCGAUGGUUGAAAGAAAAAUAUUACCGAGAGAAAAUGUGACAGUGCCAAAAUUAAAUAAUAAAAAUGCUGACAGUUUAAUUUCGAAAUUAGAAGCAGAAGUUUUACCUGAAUAUAGGUUAAUGAGUUUGGAUAUCGUAUCAAUGUAUCCUUCAAUUAAAAAAGAAACGAUCAUACACGUUUACGUGAUUAAUGGAAGGUAUUACCGACAAAGGGACGGAAUAUCUAUUGGUUCAGUUAUUGGCCCAAAACUGGCAGAAAUAGUCAUGAUAAACAUAGAUAAAAUCUUGUCACGAUUAGGAGGAAUAGUAUUUCUUGCACGGUAUGUAGACGACAUAUUUAUUAUAUACAAUAGUAAAAUAACGUCCUCUGAGAAAAUAUUAAAAAAAGCCAAUGAAAUUAAUGAAUAUAUCAAAUUUACCUAUGAGAACGAAAUAUUUGAUAAACUUAAUUACUUAGAUAUAACAAUAGUCAGGUUUAAAGAUCAUUUAGUGUAUAAUAAGUAUGAAAAGCCUUGUAAUGCAAAUAAAGUUAUAAAUUUUAAAUCUUAUUGUCCGAUUAGCCAAAAAAGAAAUAUUUAUUUAAUGGAAAUAAGUAAGAUCUUUUCUAGAACAAAUAGAAUUAAUAAAAGAGAUGAAGAAAUUAAAAAGGUAAACAGGAAAUAUUUGUUAAACGAUUACCCGGGAAGAUUGUUAAAGAACUGGUACGAUAAAUAUUUAGAGAGCAGAUUUCAAGUAAAGAAAAAGCAAGAAAUUAAUACGUUAUUUGGACUAAUAUGUGGACUAAUUUGGACAUACAAGGAUAAAGAGCUAUUGGAAGAAGGAGUGAUCUAUAGACUCCAGUGUACAUGUGGAAUACCGAACUAUUAUGUUGGCGAAACGAAGACGAAACUGAAAGUAAGAAUGUGGGAACAUCUGGCUGCAGUGGUACUUAAUUCCCUCCACAAAUACAAAACAAAAAUCGUAAUAGAGGAAAUACGACUGGGAUGUGCUAACAGAACAGUAGCUACAAUUGAUUUUCCCAUUACUACAUUUUAUGCUGUGACUGCAUACCAAAGUGAUGAGGUUAAAAAAUUAAAAAUCAAACAUAAUCCUCAUGCGAAAUCCUUCAAUGACCCACGAAGAAGAGCCUGGGAAGCCUAUACUUACCAAAAUGAUACUGGUAUGCCAUAUAUUUUUGACUGGAACGACAGAUCGGGUGUCUGUAACCCUCAACAUUCACCGUCAAAUUUCACAAAUGAAGAAUAAGGCGUUUAUCCAAGUUACACCUUUGGACUCCGUAACCUUCAACAUUCAC